GAUUUUAGUAUCAACUGGAUUUGAACUGUUCGCAAUUAUUCCCAUUUACUUACAGGAAAAAUUGAGUAUUCGUAGUUUAGGCAACGUUUUGCUGCUUGACAAUUUACCUGUAGGCUUUAUAUUCUAAGGUAUAGAUAUGCUCAAAAUACUAAAUACUGUACUGUUAUUUUUCGAUUGUUUUUCAACUGGAACCUUUUUCGUACUCUUGAUUUACCUCUUUACCAGACUUUGUACACAUUUGCUUCAUUUUUCGUCAUCAAAUUGUCAUUUAGAUGUGAUAAUUUAUCAAAGCCGUGCCGUUAUCAUUUUUCUUGUAGUAUUUGUAUACUUCAUUGGUGUUUUGACAUGUAAAAUAAACGAUAAAAUUUUGGUCCAUACAAUGCUGAGGAAUAGAAGGCAGUUAAAUACUCUGUUUUAUACACUUAUCCUUUUCAUUUUCGCUCUAUGCUCAUUAUCCUCAGUUUUAUUUGUACCGUAUACCAGUUUUGCUAUAUUUCUACUCUCCACCUCGGUCUUCUUGUUAUUUUCAGACUUGUCUGUAUUUUUUAUUGUACUGGAGGUAAGCUGUUCGUUUUCAAUUUCAAUCACUUUAUUUUUAGUACUAUUUGUUGGAAAUUGAAUUGGUGAAUUAUGAACAUGCUAAACGCCAUUGUUUACUCAGUCAUUUAUUUUCAAACCAAUUAUUUGUGGAUCAUAUGCUUGGUAUGUUUCUAAAAACUUCAUUGUUCAGCAUCAGUACUACAUCAAAAUAUGCAUACUUGGAAAGUAUCUUUAAAUGUACUUUGAUGGAGCAAAUUAUUUACAUUAUGAUUGUAUUUGUUUUCCUACCAUCAUUUAUGAGGAUAUUUGCGUCGUAUGCGAAAAGAAUGUACGGUGAACAAAAAAAGUGCUUAGUGUCGAAGUCAGUGAUGUUGAAUUUUUUUCUCUUAACUUUCCGUGUGUUUUUGGUUUUAGUUUGCUUUGAUAUGCCUAAAAGUUGGUGGAGAUCAAAGGGCACUAAACAAUUGUUUCAACUUGUAUUAUUAUAUGGCUACUGUAAUGAUCCAUAAUAGUUACUCAGUGAACUAAACCAGUUGGCUCAAAUCACGUAUCUAGUAUUUACAAUGCUAAUUAGAUUUCGAUAACGUAAAAACUUACCCGCUUCUGUGACUUGUGUGGCCUUCAUUGAAGAACAGUUAAUUACCAGAAGUUAUCAGGACCUUUCUAGUUCACUUGCUGAUUAACACAAAAAAACAAUUUCAGUUUAUUGGAUCCGACGUUUCUUCUUUCAGUAAAAUAGAAUGGAGUAUUUAAAAUAACUUUUGUCUAAAUUUUAACUAACAGUUUCACAGUAAUUGGGCGUCGAGUUAAUUUAAGACGUUGACGAGUAAAAUUGUAUUUGUAAAAUCUCAGCAACUGAAUUUUAAGUCAAUUCAGUGUUUCACUUGGUAAUCUGGUCGAAGCUUUUUCAAGGAAAUAUAAUCAAACAUCAAAAUUGUCGAAUAUAACUAAUAAGGUGGUAUCCAGCUCGACACGAAAGCGUAGACACUCAUACUCAUCCGGCCACUCUUACGUGGAGUAUCGACGUAUGAAUGUCCAUAACCUUACUGGUUAUGUUGUCAAUCCGAAUUGUCAUUAUAAGUGUUGGUCUACCACUUUUGUGAUAUUUGUCAGCUUGAUAAUACUUCAUUUAAAUAAUCGUUAUUCUGAGCGAAUUAGUUCUUUCAAGCACAAUUCAAGUGAGAAUGAAGUUUUUCCUGUCUUAUAUCAUAUUACUGCUUAUGAAGUUACGAGUAUCUUCCGUUUUAUUUACAAUAUAUUCCACAUUAUCAAUGCCAAUUUAGUGGUCUAUUUGUUCCUCGGAUUGUUCUUAUUUAAGCGUAUCAGAUUGAAUAAACCUAUUAACUCACAAUUGCGUAACUUGAAUAUCCCCAAAAUAAAAGAGACCUUGAUUAGUGACCAAGUAAAACAGUCUCCAGUAUUACCAAAAUUUUCAAAAAAAUUGAAUGAUAUUCCUCUUCAGUCACGAAAACGGAUAUACUGUUUACAUAAAGACGACGACAAUAUCGAUAGAAACGAUUCCUCGUCUGUUUCUACAUUUUCUAAUACGUGUAAGAAUAGCAAUGAACGCCCAUCCAAUGUUUUGGACUUGGAUAUGUUGACUGAAAAGAUUAAGCAGGGCUUGGGGCAUGAGCUAUCAGAUACAGAGAUUUUACAACUAUUAUCACAUGGAAGGCUUAAAACUCGUGAAUUAGAAUCAGUCGUUCGCAAUCCAUUUCGGGCUGUUGAACUCCGUCGUUCAGAUUUGUCAACAUUUCUUAAUAACCCACAUAUUAUUGAACGCAUUCCGUACAAAGACUAUGAUUAUCGUCUUGUAUAUGGUCAAUGUUGUGAAGAGGUUAUCGGGUACAUGCCUAUACCAGUUGGAAAAAUUGGACCUCUUCUACUAGAUGGUCGUUCUCAUUAUAUUCCUUUGGCUACUACUGAAGGAUGCUUGGUAGCCAGCACAAAUCGGGGUUGUCGUGCAAUUUUCUUGGCUGGUGGUAUCAAAAGUGUUGUCUAUAGAGAUCAAAUGACAAGAGCACCUGUUGUUUGGUUUCCAUCAAUUAUUGAUUCAGUGAAAUGUAUUGCAUGGAUUGAUUCAGAUGAAGGGUUCCAAACUUUAAAAUCAGCUUUCGAUAAAACUAGCGCACAUGUAAACUUAUUAUCAGUUUUUGCUUGUCCAGCUGGUCGAUACAUUCACAUUCGAUUUGCUGCACGUACAGGUGAUGCUAUGGGUAUGAAUAUGGUUAGCAAAGCCACUGACAGUGCUUUGCAUUGUCUAAAAAAAUAUUUCAGUAAUAUGCAGGUUAUCUCUUUAAGUGGAAAUAUGUGUACAGAUAAAAAGCCAGCUACUAUAAACACAAUUCUUGGUCGUGGUAAAUCUGUUAUUGCUGAAGCUCAUCUAUCAGCUGAUGUACUGGCUCAAGUGUUACAUACCAAUGCACAACGAUUAGCUCGGUUAACUCAUUCCAAAAAUUGGAUUGGAUCUGCAAUGGCCGGUUGUCCUGGUAUGAUGGGAUGUAAUGCACAUGCAGCGAAUAUUAUUGCUGGAAUGUUUGCAGCUACGGGGCAAGAUUUAGCUCAAGUUGUUGACUCAUCAUCUUGCUUAACACAAUUGGAGGUUGAUUUAUCAGAUGACUCACUGGUAGCUAGUGUUACUAUGCCAUGUUUAGAAGUUGGAACAGUCGGUGGUGGUACACGUCUUUCAGGCCAACGUGCAUGUCUUGACUUACUGGAUUUAAGCGUCGAUCGUCCAACUGAACAUUUAUCACGGAUAAUUGCUGGAACUGUACUAGCAGCUGAACUGAGCUUAAUGGCAGCCUUAGACACACAUGAUUUGGUGAAAGCGCAUAUGCACUUCAAUCGAGCCAAGCAAUCUACAAACUCUCACUCCUGUAGUCAUUCUACUACUACUGAUAAUAAUGAUAACAUUAGUAAUAUUUACGAUAAUCAUAAUAUUGCUUUAUCUUCAAAAAUUCCCGUUACUGAUAAUUCAGAUAUACGCGAAUCUGUUCAUUCCCUACAUGUGAAACCAUUUCCUGUUAAAAGUGACUUAUCUGUAAAUCCGGAGAUAUCCCAUUAUACUAUGUAGCUUGUAUAUGUAGACAAUUUUACUGUCAGUUUUUAAAACACCCUUGUAUAUCAUUAUUAAGCCCUAGAUUUGAAGGUUAACAAAUAAGUUGUAUGCUCGAAUCAUUUUUAGAUGUUUACUUCAUUAUCCCAUGUUUUUUUCCAAUUUCUGUUUCCGUACGUUCGAUAGAAAUAAACAAAGUAUACUUCAAUAUCUUUUUACUAGUGGGCAACUCAUAUUACUGAAAUCAUCUACAAUUUUAAUCAUGAAAAGUACUCAGU